AUGCCGUCCUCAUCCUCUUACGCAGCGUACCUACAUGAAGUGGCGCUGGAGAUGAACGCCAGUGUCUCCCCGGGCGCUAUCACUAUGUGCCCUACCACAGACGCUACUGAGGUCAUUGCAGCCCGCACGACCGUGGCAGUGCCACCAUCGCGGCUAUUAAAGCCUAGACACCAGCAGGGCUACGACGCCAAUCAUGGCCGCACCAACAGUAGCGCCACCACCAGCUGCUGCAGCGACCAACACACGACAGGGUCGUAUGAGGGCUCCUACGCUUAUGAUUACCUGCAGGUGCCGGCGGUGGGGUGCCUCAGUCGCUCCAACGCGGUGCUGCUCUAUGAGGGGUGGAAGCAGCAACAGCAGCGGCGCGUGCAGGCCCACAUGCAACGCAGCUCCCACAGUACCCGCGGAGUUGCUGUGCAUUCGUCUUCGGCUCCGUACGCCACCAGCCACCUGACAGCCGGCAUAGCCACACGAGAGAACGAGCACAAAGUCAACGUGGACGCCAUGCAGCGCUCUUUCCAGCGCUUGUACGCAGUGAUGAAGAAUGAAGGCCGCCGUCAACUCCACGGCACCGCCGAGACUGGAAGAGCUGCUCACCCCUCACACUCCAUCUCCUGCUCGCCGCAUCGGCAAAGUCGCAAAAGCUCCACGCGCUCGCACCGGUGCCAUCCGGACACGGCAUCUCAGCAGGCACAGUACGGUGCCUCUGGUGCAAUUUACAUUCCCUCCAUCGACUUUGACAGUGACGACAUCAUCAUCGAAGAUGUCAGUCGCCAUCGUUCCGGCAUGAAGACUGUGCAAGCGGCGAAGGAAGCGAUGAGGGCGGAGAAGUGUGUGGAAAUUUCGAAGAGCCCGCAACCUGCUGCAGGAUCGACAGCAGUCAGCAUAAAAGUUGUGUCGCCUGCGCUCACCAGCACAGAUACCUCCGUGAUCACCUCCAGCCCUUCGAAGCCAUCGACCUCAUCCUCGCGCUCAUGCUCGCCCCCACGGCAGUCUCGGGGUCAGCGGAACCAGUGCCCAAGGUGCUGUCGCCGAUGCGAUUUGUGUCACUGUGUCGGUCUACCGCGUCAGGUGAGCGUUCAUGCACGCCACUCUGGCGGCGUGGUGGCCGCUGCUGGUGCCGCUAGGGGUGAGUCCCACCCCCGCUCUUACUCGCCAGCGGGCGGCUGUUGGCCAACGGCGGCUGUCGACUCCGUGCGCCUGCAGUGGCCGGGUCAGUCACGUACGGGGACCUCUCGGUGCCCGUCGCCACAGCAGCCGUCCUCACCAGAGGCACGAUGCAGCUCUACACGAAGCGCGCGCCACAGGAGCAGACAGAAGUCUCCCGCUCACAGCAGGCAUGAUCGCCGUCAUGAUCGGCGUGUUGAUCGCAGUCGCCAUGGGUACCACAGAGAAACGUCGUCGACGGCGGCGGCGGUUCUCCGCGACAUCGCCACGCGCACCUGCACGUGCUACUGGGCCGAGUUCCCCGGCUUGACUAUGGCGGUGAACCCAGUCUCGCAUGCUGCUGGCUGUCCAUACCAGGCGCACGAGGUCCUCUACACAGAGGUCAUGCUGGCGAGCAAAGUUGACGACGGCAGCAGCAGCUCCUCCUCUCGCAGUCUAUGCUCCUCCUCGUCCUCCUCAGACGGCCGCUGCGACAAGUCUGGUAGGCGAAGCACUUCGAAGCAUCGCCGGCAGGAACGCAGUACCGGCACUGCGGACGCGUCGGGGCGGCACGAUGAUGCCAGGCAGCGGCGCACGGCGCAGCUCAGGAAGACGCUGGAUGACCCCGAGGCGAAGCGCACUCGUGGCCGCGCCGCCGUCAUGGGCUCCGCGAAACGGCGGACGUACAUUGAGAUGAUGAUGGACGCUGCUCGCGACUCCCUGCCGUCAGCGUCAUCGCGGCGGCCACGCUCUGGUGGCCGUGGCAGCACGGCAAAGGCCACGGCAUCCUCGCUCACAACAAAGAAAUAUGUCAAGCCCACUGCAGCGGCAGCGCCCUUACUGACCUCCUCGAUGGCUCAGGAUAGACUACCAACCGGAGAAGCACCACCAAAGCUCGAAGAUGAACAGCCCCAAGAACAAUCACCGCCGCCUCCCUCAAGUCGUUCAGCAUCAGAGAAUGAUAGAGCAGUGGCAGCGGAAGAGGCAGGCGAAGGUGCAACAGCUGUGGAAAAGAAGCACGAUAAGGCCGGCAGUAGCAGCAGGGAGGAGAGGCCGCCGAGCGCCAGCGUUGGGGAGGCCGUAGGUAGCACGUCGUACGGCAACAAACCACCAGCACAGGAGACAGAAAAGUCGCCGCUGCCCAACGAAGAGAGCCCCUUGCGGGCCCUCUCCCGCCCGCGCUGCCGCCCCGCCGUUGGGGUGCCAGGCCCCGGAUCCUACCACGUGGAUCUUGCCUACGCGGCCAGCUCUGCAGCGCACGGGAUUCGCGGUACGUCGAUUCCGAAGGCGCCCCGCAUGCCCGCCGUCACGUCCACCACUCCAGGCCCAGGCGCCUACGACGUGUACAAGCGUGAAGAAGAAGAGCGCAAGCAGCUCACUGCGGAGGUCAUCGCUGUUAGGGCUGCGGCGGCGACCACCACCGCCGAUGGGGACGCUGCGAAAGGCAAGGAAACGGACGCCACACCAGCCGCGGGCAAGCAGGUCAUCGGCAAAGGUAUCGUCUUCGCCAGCACCGGUUCCCGCCAGCUGCAGCUGCAGUACGGUGAUGCCUACGUGCACACCUCCACCUGGGCGAAGCGCGCAGCGGCCGUGCCGGGCCCCGGUGCAUACAACAUCGUCGACGGCGACCACUACGACCAAAGCAAGCCGCUCGGCGCAGCACGGAUGGGCUACCACUUUUCCAAGUCCGCUGACGGGGCGCACUUCUGUGCUGCCGCCACCGUAGCAGGCGGAAGCGCGGAGAGGCAGGACGACGCGUCAUCAUCCCCGUCUCCUGCCCCAGAGAGGGCAGGCAUACGGGCGGCAGCAGAGCUCCUGCGCGCCUCGUUCGUCGUGCCGUGGCGCGACUGGGCCGGCGGCGCGUACAUCGGCACGACCACAUCCAACUUCGUGGCGCACCCGUCCCUGGCCGGUGGCGAUCGGCGCACCCUUGGACAGACUGUCGCUGCAGGCCUCACCACGGUCAGCUGCAGCAAAGCCUCAGCUGCCGUAGCGGCGGCUGAGGCCGCUGCCGACGGAAGUGUGUGGAAGGGCGUCGGCAGCGGCGUAGCCCUGCGCCUGACCAGCCAACGCUUCCCUGUGGAAGUGGCAAAUGCACCCGCCGCCGCCGUCACAGCCACUGCCGUGGCUAAGGAACAAGGCGCGAAGACCGAGAGCAACGCAAACGCUGAAGGCGCCGCUCCACCGUGCGGAGGACCUGGCCCAGCCACGUACAACCUCGAGAACGCACUUCGGUGGGUGCACCGUCGCGCUCCAGCGGUGUCGAUGACAUUCCGCCACGACCGCGGUCCGCGAGGGCCGCUCUGCUCUGUUGGGGGAGCCACCGAUGACGGCAUCCUUUCUAGCGCAGUCGGCGGCGGAGCAACGCUGCUUUCGCUGUCGUUGUCACCGCACCACCUCAGCGAUGACGCCGGGCUCAGCCCUGGACCCGGUACGUACGACGUGCGCAGCGGCGAGGCGUGGCGCAGGCGGCGCAGUCCGCAGUGGUCCUUUGGCACCGCUGCACGACACGUCUCGAGCGCGGCAGUGCCUGUGAGCGCAGCUGGUGAAGGAACAAACGACUUGAACAGCGGGAACCUGGGCGCCGUCGGACAUCCCGGCCCAGGCGCCUACGACACAGAGACUGGCUAUCGUGCGUUGCAGCGCUCCGCGGCGAGCGCGCUCAUGUGCACUGCGGCACGGUUCACUGUCGAUCACAGAGACCGCGCCAGUGCUCAGGCCAGUGCAAUCGAGGCUGGCAUCGCAGACGAUGGCGUGCGUGCAGGCCCAAGCAUCUACGAUGUGGAGAACUGCUACGCAGUGCUGCGCGAGCGCAUCAAGGGUGGCGUCAUACCGCGCGCCGGGGCGGCUGCGUGGGCAAAGGUCAGCAGCGAAGAGGCGCAGUGCAGUGGGCCGGGCCCUGGUGCGUACACCCUGCCGGCUCUGCCACCAAGUGGUCCCACAGCAUUCCUUAGCACGAGUGCGCCGCGCUUUCCGUGGGAACAGACGCCGGCGGCCACCGUGGCGAACGGUGAAGGGCAAGGAGCUACAGUAGCGGCUGGGGCGUACCCGCCCCACCCCUCUACCGACCUCUUCCGUGCCAAUCAAGUCGCUCCAGGCCCCGGCUCCUAUGACAUCGACGCCGCCACGAGCCUCGUGAACCGCCCCGGCGCUAUCAUCGGCCGCGCCCCACGAGCCUCACUGCUCGUGCCGACUGGGGCAACCUCCGAAAAUGUGGGUCCCGGCAGCUACAUGCUGCCCGCACUGCCGGUUGGCCGAGGGGCCGUGAUGCUCACCGCGCGUGCCUGUGCCGCUGCCGAGGCGGGAGACGCGGCAGAGCAACCAGGUCCGGGGCUCUACGACCCUGUGGACAUGCGUGCGUCGUCAGCGCGCGCCUUUUCGCUGGCUCGCACGAGCGCGCGCUUCCCGGACAGUGACGCCCACGCUGCCGACGCCCCGGGCCCAUGCGCGUACGGCCCUCCUGCCGCGCCCAUGACCCGCAGCGCCGUCUUUGACACGGCGCCUCGCUUUUUGCCCAACAGUGGCGACGUCGCGGACUCGCUCGUAGGGCCUGGCAGCUACGACCCGUACAGACCGAACACAGCGGCGCUAGCGCACCGCAUCGCCCGCGCCCGCCGCUUUCCCGACGGCGACGGCGACGGUACAGGCGCGGACAGCAUCGGCCCCGGCGCGUACGAGGUGGUGGACCUCAGCCCACCCGGGCGGAGCGCGGUGAUGGGCUCUGCAGUGGCACGUCCGACACUGGAGUGGAAGGAUGGCAACGGUGACGGCGUAACUGCGGUCGGUUCGGCAGCAGUAGGGCCUGGCCCCGGCGCCUACAGCCCACAGUACGCCCAAGUCGAGAGAAGCGCGCCACGGGUGGUGCUGGCACGCGCCCCUGCCGGACGCGGCGCCGUCGAUUACUACGCGAGCGGUGAUGCAUCGAUGCCGUUCCAUGCGCAGCACACCGGUGCCGGCUCUGGGUUGGGACCGGGCCAAUACUCCCCGCAGUAUCAAACCGACCUAGCGCAGGCAGGACGCGGCCACACCUUCGGCUCCGCCCCUCGCGCUGCCGCCGCCGUGGAAAGCGGUGUGGGUGGUGGCGGCGCCCUGGAUGGGCCAGGCCCUGGUGCCUACGAAGUGCGGGUGACGCGGGAUGGUCGAUCUGUGGACGGGGGCGACGGCAGUGGCGCGGCGCGCUUUGGCACUGCGCUACGGUUGGCAGAGGAGGGCACCUCAGCGACAAUGUCCGCAGGCCCGGGGCCUGGAGCAUACAUGCCGGAGGCGUUCACAGACAUGGGCGCCGGCGGUGGCAACGCAGCGCUCUCGUCGGUGGUGCGCUUUGGAACAGCUCCGCGCAUCUUGGGCGGCGGCGUCGCCGCCGCGGCGGCGGACGUCCCGGGCCCCGGGGCGUACGAACCGAACCCCGCUAUGCGGUGGCCAACUGCUCCGUCCAUCAGCUUCCCACGCGCCAACUCUGCCCACGCCCUUGGCGGCACAGACACCCCGGGGCCAGGAGCGUACAUCACAACAGCGCUCGCACCCCCCCGCGCAGCCCACUUCGGGUCUGCGCCUCGAUUUGAGGAGGGCGGUGCUGCAAGCGCAGCGAGUGUGCCAGGCCCCAACGCCUACUCGCCAAACGACGCCGCGACUCUCCCGGCGCAAUCGGCACACCGCUUCGGAACAGCGGCCCGCCUGCCCAGCGUGGUUAAGGAAGCUGCUGAGGUGGACGGCGUUGGUCCUGGUGCCUAUGACGUGGAGACGGGCCUGGCGUACAGCUCACAAGGGCUGACUACUGCCGCCUACAGCUUUCCCCGUGCUGGCGGCAGUGGAAGUUCUCGUGGCCAGCCGGGCGUGGGGGAUAAGGUAGCUGGUGGGGUGGCGGCAUUUCCUGGUCCAGGAGCGUACCAUCUGCCUCCCGCCUUUCCCGAAGGUCCGCAGUGGGGGUUCGGCACCUCGAUGAGGAGUGUAGCAGCAACAGGCGAAGCGAUUGUAUCGUCAGCCCUCACCACUGCCUCUCCAGGCCCAGGCGAGUACGCCGUGCCGGUUCCUGCGCCGCUGCACAGCGGCUCCUCGUUCCCGAAGGCAGCGAUUGCGUCACCAACAGGCGAGAGCAUCUCGCCUGGGCCUGGGGCAUACGAUGUGGUGGAUACAGCAGUGCGACCGUCUGCGCCUGGGCUCCGCUUCGGGAGCGCAGUGCGACACGCCUGCGCUGACGUGUCUGCCGUCAACCUUGAGGCAGUGGCGGUCGGCGCCCACGAUGAAGGCACGCCGUGGAUGCCAGGGCCGGGCGCGUAUUCGCCAAAUAUGAAUGCCUCCUCUACACUACGCUCUACCCGAGCUGGGCCGACCUUCGCGCAGGCGCCACGCAUGGCGCCGUCUGCGUCGGUCGAUGCCACGGGUGGGCGUGCAGGGGGGGAGGGAAGUAACAUCGGCCCAGGCGCUUACGAUCUUCAAGGCGGUUCGUCGGUCAGUGCGGCGGCAGCACACCGUUUCGGCACCGCGCCGCGCAUGCCGCCCACCACCGCCUCCGGUGCUGCCGCCAAGAGUGACGUCGGGCCGGGGAGCUAUGAAUACCCAGUCACCGUUCAAGAGCACCGGCGCUCGGCGCUGAUGCUGGGUCGUCACAGCGACUUGUCGGGCACCACAUGCAACACGCCGGGCCCCGGUGCGUAUGAUACCACCGCUGCACUCGCGGCCGUUCAGACUUCGGCGGCGGCGUACACCUUCGGCACAGCGCCGACGCAGCGGCAGUCGACAGAAACAGAGAUGGACGCGUUGCGCACGUCGCCGGGUCCUGGUUCCUACGACGCAGCUUCCGCGUACGUCUCGACUCAAGUAGCGCGGCAUCCGGGCGGGUUCACCAUGCAAGGACGUCCGGUAGCAUCGAUGCAAGUGGAGCCGGCAGAGGGACCUGGACCAGCCGCGUACGCUGCAGACACCUCGGCUGCAUCGGUGGCUGCAGCGCAUCGCUUCGGCACAGCCCCGCGGAUGCUGAGUGCCCCCAACGGCGACGCUGGUGUCGGUCCUGGCACCUACGACCUCCCACCGCUGCACGCCACUCACCAAUUUGUGAGCUUUACGCAAGCCCCACGGGAGGUGGUCAUAGGCCCGCACGACGGCGGCUCCGGCAACCUGCACAGCGGAGAUGUGCGUGGCGGUUAUGUCGGCGGUGGUACUCCCGGACCAGGGUCGUACGACGUCGGGAGUGCCAUCGACUCCAUACAGAUGGGUGGACGAGGACCGAGCAUCACGAUUCCGCGUGGCCCGCGGCCAGCUCUGCGCAGUGGAGACGUCGACGCCUCCCCACUCGUGGGACCAGGCACGUACAACCCUGUCUACCCGACGUCGCACUACCACGGCGGCGACAGCAGCGGCAUUCAGGGUCCUUCCGCAGCCUUCGGCCUGGCAGAGCGUCCUGUGAACGUUGUCAAGGGCAGCAGUGACGCGCCUGGCCCGGGCACGUAUGACCCCCACUACCCAAAUCUCACCAACGGAGUUGGGAUUGGGUCGUCCUUCGGCUCUGCGGCACGGAUGGACGACGUGGCUGCAGCGGCCUUGGCAGCUACCCCCGGCCCCGGCGCCUACGCAGUGGCGUCCUCCUUCCACGCGACCUCGGCUGCUGGAUCAGCGCCGGCGGUGCACUUCGGCACCUCGAAGCGGCCAUCAGCAGUGCUGAACGAAAACCCAGGUCCUGGCAGCUACGCAGUCGUCCAUUCCAACACUGCCGCUGCGCCAUCGUUUGGGCACACGACGCGGCCAGACCUGCUGCUCAACACGAACCCCGGCCCCGGCACGUACAGCCUGUCGCCGACGUGGAUCAGCGGCGUCGGUGGCGCUACUGUCGGCCAGAGCUUUGGACUUUCGGAUCGCCCUACGCCGGUGCUCAACACGAACCCCGGCCCAGGCGCCUACUACCGUGCGAGCAAUAUUGAUGGCGCAUCGGCUGCGGCAGGCCCGAGCUUCGGCAUUGGCGAGCGCAUGAGCGUGGCAACAGGCACGGCUACACCAGGCCCUGGCGCCUACUACAUGGAGUCGUCGUCGGCAGCGCGGGGGCCGUCCUUUGGGUUGGCGGAGCGGCCAGGCCCUGAGCUGAACACAAAUCCAGGCCCUGGCGCCUACUACAUGGAGUCGUCGUCGGCAGCGCGGGGGCCGUCCUUUGGGUUGGCGGAGCGGCCAGGCCCUGAGCUGAACACAAAUCCAGGCCCUGGCGCCUACUAUAGAAACUCAGCAGCGUCGGUCGCAGCGGGCGGGGCGGUGGGCACAAGUGCUGGCUUCGGGCUUGGCGAGCGCCACAACCCGAAACUAAAUGACAACCCCGGACCAGGAACCUACUUCAGAGGUACACUGCCCGCCGCCACCCAACCACGCCUGCGACGGCCUACGGCGGCAGACACCUUGCGAAAGCUCGUCAGCGUUGGGUACCCGACACUGGCGAGCAAGACGACGCCAACGGCAGCCAACACCACCACCGAGAGGCAUGUCACUACAUGA